UCCUGAACACCGAAUACGCAAAGAGGAACGCAGUUUUAAACUUGAACUCUAAAUAACCACCAAAGAUUAUUUAAAAAUAAUAUUAAUACUAUUAACAACUGAAUGAGACUUUUCUUUUUUGUUAAUAGACUUUUCCAUCUUUAAAUAUUUUAGCAACAUACCAGAACUGGUACAUUUGUUGUUGUUGUUUGUUCUGCAAACCCAGAUGAUAUUAAAUCAAGUAGCAUCACUUGCAGAACUUUGAAACGUCAAUAUUCAUGGGUUGUACGUUUUUAAGUUGUGAAAUAUUGUUGACGGAUUUGUGGACCGGCCAGUUAAUCUCGGUUUUCAAGAAAGAUGCCGACUUUUCUUCCAGAAAUGUUUAACUUUACCGGACUACCGAUUAAUGUGACAAAUGUGAACGAUUCUUUUGUGAACAAGACUGAGGUGGGCUCCCCUCCGUUUCUUACAGAUGCCUGGCUAGUUCCGCUUUUCUUUGCUCUCAUUAUGUUAGUGGGGCUCAUUGGAAACUCUUUGGUCAUCUAUGUAAUCUCCAAGCACAGACAGAUGCGGACAGCUACCAAUUUUUACAUAGCUAACCUGGCGGCUACAGAUAUCAUUUUCCUGGUGUGUUGUGUUCCUUUCACUGCUACACUCUACCCUCUUCCAAGCUGGAUCUUUGGAGAUUUUAUGUGCAAAUGUGUAGCCUUCUUACAGCAGGUGACUGUCCAGGCUUCCUGCAUCACCCUGACAGCGAUGAGUGCAGACCGCUGCUAUGCCACAGUGUACCCUCUGAAGUCCUUACGCCAUCGCACCCCUCGGGUAGCCAUGGCUGUUAGCAUCUGUAUCUGGAUUGGGUCUUUUAUAUUAUCAAUACCCAUUAUCAUAUAUCAGAAGAUCCAGGAAGGUUACUGGUAUGGACCCAGGAGCUACUGUAUGGAGCAGUUUCCAUCUGAAACCCAUCAGAGAGUGUUCAUCUUGUACCAGUUCCUGGUGGUCUACUUACUGCCCCUUAUCACCAUCUCUCUCUGCUACUCAUUAAUGUUGAAGAGAGUUGGACAACCAGUGGUGGAGCCUGUGGAUAACAAUUACCAGGUUCAGUUGCUGUCAGAGAGAACUAUUGCCAUGAGAAGCAAGAUUUCCAAAAUGGUGGUGGUGAUUGUCCUGCUGUUUACCAUCUGCUGGGGUCCCAUUCAGCUCUUCAUCUUGUUCCAAUCCUUCUACCCCAACUUCCAGGCCAACUAUGCCACCUAUAAGAUCAAGACUUGGGCCAACUGUAUGUCGUACGCCAACUCCUCCAUCAACCCCAUUGUCUACGGCUUCAUGGGCGCCAGCUUCCGCAAGUCCUUUAAAAAGGCCUUUCCCUUUAUGCUCAGACGCAAGGUGAGGGAUGGCAGUGUAACCUCUGGGGCAGUCAAUGCAGAAAUGAAGUUUAUAGCUACAGAUGUCACCCAGAAUGAAUUGAAAUAAGCAUGUGUUAUAAUAUAUAGAUUAUAAAACUAUAACCUACAGAGAAAACAUCAAAGACAAAUCAGUAGGCUAUACUAAUGAGGUAUGGUUCCUUUAAAAUGUAGCAAGUAGCAGUGCAGUCCAAAAAGUAUGUUGUCUUUUUAUGUACGUAUUUCUUAUUUCAUGUUUGAAUAACACACUGUGUAUGUAUUUGUUUACGGUAUAGAUUUGUUUAUGGUAUAUCACAAAGCUGACCCUGGUGUUUGUAAGAGAUGUCAGAUCUAAGUGUAUUCUUCUAAAUAAAUAAAUACAUUAAAACAAAAAAAGAAUCCUAAAUAUGUAUGGCAUGGCACAUUACCUUUAAAAUAAAAUAAAAAUGGAGAAUCAUUUUUCUUCCUGUUCCAUCUAUAUUAUUAUU